AGAUGUCAGUUGGAAUUCCUAUCAAGCUUUUACACGAGGCAAUAUCACAAACAGUUACUGUAGAAACAAAGAGCGGUGAUUUGUACCGUGGAACUUUGUAUGAUGCAGAGGAUAAUAUGAAUUGUCAACUCAAAAAGGUGACUUGUACUGGAAGGGACGGGAAAAUCACUCCCUUUGAACAUGUCUUCCUAAGAGGUAGUAAAAUACGUUUUUUUAUUGUUCCAGAUAUAUUAGCGAAUGCGCCCAUGUUCAAAAGAGUGGAAGCUAUUAAAGAAGGAAAGACUGGAAGAGGUUUAGGAUUAGGUAGAGGUCGAGGCUUUAUUGGAGGUCCUGUAAAGGCAACUAUACGGGCAAGGAUCAAAAGGCAGCGAACUACGUAAAGUUUUUGCGAUUCCUGCAAACACGGAACGAUUUCCAAAGACCUUGGUGGUUUGAGGAAAGUUAUCAUAGUGUCUACUUGUUCAAGUUUGCUUAGAUGGGUUAUAUCUUGUGUUUAUCCAGAAUGCACUAUAAAGUAUAGAGAACAUUGCCAA